AUGAUCCCCGCGAAGGGACACAUCGCCGGCCAUGAGCUGCUGCACCUGAACAAGGCCGCCAUCUUCGGCUCCGGCGCCUUUGGCACGGCGCUGGCGAUGGUGCUCUCUAAAAAGUGCCGCGAGGUGUGUGUGUGGCACAUAACGGAGGAGGAGGCGCGGCUCGUGAAUGAAAAGCGCGAGAACGAUCUCUACCUCCCGGGAGUGCAGCUUGCGUCGAACAUCACCUUCACCUCGGAUGUGGAAGAGGCGUACAAGGGUGCCGAGAUCAUCCUCUUCGUCAUCCCGACCCAGUUCCUGCGCGGCUUCUUCCAGAAAAGCGGCGGCAACCUGAUCGCCUAUGCGAAGGAGAAGCAGGUGCCGGUGCUUGUGUGCACGAAGGGUAUUGAGCGCUCGACACUGAAGUUCCCGACGCAGAUUGUUGGCGAGUUCUUCCCGAGCAACCUGCUCUCUGUGCUCGCGGGUCCCAGCUUCGCCAUCGAGGUGGCCACCGGCGUCUUCACGUGCGUCAGCAUCGCCUCCUCCGACAUCAAUGUGGCUCGCCGCCUGCAGCGCAUCAUGACGACGGGCGACCGCUCCUUCGUCUGCUGGGCCACCACCGACACCGUCGGCUGUGAGGUGGCCAGCGCCGUGAAGAACGUGCUGGCCAUCGGCUCUGGCGUGGCGAAUGGCCUUGGCAUGGGCUUCAACGCGCGUGCCGCCCUCAUCACGCGCGGCCUGCUCGAGAUUCGAGAUCUGACGGCCGCACUGGGCGGCGAUGGCAGCGCCAUCUUCGGCCUCGCCGGGCUCGGCGACCUCCAGCUGACGUGCUCGUCGGAGCUGUCGCGUAACUUCACGGUGGGCAAGAAGCUCGGCAAGGGCUUGUCCAUCGAGGAAAUCCAGCGCACGAGCAAGGCCGUCGCGGAGGGCGUGGCGACGGCCGAGCCGCUGAUGCGCUUGGCGCAUCAGCUGAAGGUGACGAUGCCGCUGUGCCAGCAAAUCUACGAGAUUGUGUACAAGAAGAAGAACCCGCGCGCAGCCAUCGUAGACCUCUUGUCGUGCGGCCUGCAGGACGAGGGUCUGCCGGCGCUCUUCAAGAAGUCGGCUGCCACCCCCUCCAAGCUGUGA